AUGACAUCCAUCUCUCUAUUCUUCCUCCUCCUACUCCUAUCCGCCACCGCGGCCAUCGCCACACUCUCAUCUGAUCUAACCGCCCUCGAAGCCAUAAAGGCGGCCAUCGACCCCGCCACCAUUCCCGAAACCUCUUGCUUGGCCUCAUGGAAUUUCACCUCCGAUCCCUGCAGCUCCAAUGCUCUCCCCACACACUUCCGCUGCGGGCUCUCCUGCGGCUUCGAGAACCGAAUCACUGGGCUCUACUUCGAUGGUGCCGGUUAUUCCGGAACUAUCUCCCCAUUCAUUUCCAAUCUCACCGGACUACUCGCAAUCUAUCUCCGUGAUAACAAAUUCCACGGCCCUAUCCCCACCGCUCUCUUCUCCCUCCCUAACCUCGGCACACUCGAUGUCCGAAACAACUUAUUCUCCGGCUCCAUCCCACCCGUCAUUUCCAUUACCAAAACUCUAUUAGACAUAGACCUUUCUAACAAUUCACUAUCCGGCUCAUUGCCACCCACAUUGAGCUCACUCUCUUUAGGUGCUCUUAAUCUGAGCUUCAAUCAAUUCUCCGGGCCAAUCCCUAUACUCCCCCCGAAUCUAGAAAUACUCGCGAUUCAAUCCAAUUAUUUUUCUGGGUACCUGAGAAAUAGAUCGUUUGGAGGGUUGAUUCAACUCAAAAAUGUAGACCUCAGUCGUAACUCGCUAACCGGACCAAUCCCCGGCUGGUUCUUCCUCCAACCGCGUCUCGAGCGAGUCAACCUGUCCCAUAAUGGAUUCACAGGUAUUGAGGUGUUAAAACCCAAUAAAACCCGCCUCAUUGACGUAGAUGCCGGAUAUAAUAAAAUUGUUGGAUACUUGUCCGCGAACUUCAUGGCGUACCCGGAAUUGACGUCGCUAUCACUCCGAGACAACAAGCUGCAAGGACCGAUCCUGAAGGAGUUCAGCCUGAAGAAUAUGAUGUUGCGGAAUUUGUUUCUGGAAGGAAACUACUUUAACGGAAAGCCGUCGAAGGACUUUUUCUCCCGGAAAUCGAUUGUUUCAGGGAGCUUUGGGGACAAUUGCCUGAAGAGGUGUCCAAAAUCUUCCAAGCUCUGCUUGGAACCACAGAAACCAUCGUCCAUCUGUCGGAAUGUAUAUGGUGGGAAAGGAAAUCCAUAG